AUGUUUAGUCCACUGAUAACGUUAUUCAACCAAAUGUUACCAUAUCCACCAGAGAGGUAUGCGCAAGGAGACCCAGCUACUCCAAGCUCAUCACCUGCACCUCAGGAAACUCCAGGCCAGACACCUUCUGCUAUUUCUUUAAAGGAAGAAGAUAACACAGAUGAUCCCCCCAAACAAGAGGGAGAAGAUGCUGGAGACCCUGAGCCUGAGGAGCAAGAUGCUGCGCAACCUUCUGAAGAUGAUCCUAAGCCCACUCAGGACGAAAAAUCUACGGAACCUAUUGAGUCAACACAUGAGGAAGAGCAGCAGCCUGCUGAUGGAAAAGAAGAGACAGAAGAAAUGCCACAAGGAACCCCCAUAAAUGCAUAUUCUCAAGCCCAGGUACAAGAAGUUCUCAAAAGAUUACGAGAAAGGGCAGCUACGUAUAAAGAAAGGCUUAAAGAUCCAGUCCUCUCCUCACCUGAAAUCAGUCCAACAGUUUCACCCAAAAAGGAAGCCCCACCUCCUCCCCCAAAAGAAGAAAAAAAAGAAGUGAAAAAGGAAGAAAUCGCCAUACCAGAGGAGGAGCACUAUUGUGACAUGCUAUGCUGCAAAUUCAAGAGACGCCCCUUCACAGAAUACCUGAAGAAAGCACAAAUACCACAAAAUAUGGAUCCAUGGACAGAUCGUUACUAUAUAACAUGGUUAUUCGUGGUUACUCUUGCGUAUAACUGGAACUGCUGGCUCAUCCCAAUGCGCUGCAUGUUUCCAGUUCAAACUGCUAGCAACCUAAUAUACUGGAUCAUUAUGGAUGUCCUCUGUGAUCUCUGCUACAUCUGUGAUCUGCUAAUAUUUCAGCCCCGAUUACACUUCAUAAGAGGCGGAGAUAUCAUAACAGACAGAAAAGAAAUGCAGAAAUACUACUGGAGCACAUUUAAAUUUCGGUUUGAUCUGUUCUCAGUAUUACCAUUCGACCUUUUAUACGUCAUGUUUGGAUUUAAGCCCAUAUUUAGAGCAAACCGGUUUAUGAAGUAUCUCACAUUCUUUGAAUUCAAUGAGCGGGUAGAGUCUAUCAUGGCAAAAGCAUACAUCUAUAGGGUCAUUAGAACAGCUGGAUACCUAAUGUUUCUCUUACACAUUAAUGCAUGUUUGUAUUACUGGGCCUCGGAAUAUGAAGGAAUCGGAAGCACUAAGUGGGUUUAUGGUGGCGAAGGAAACAUGUACCUGAGAUCUUACUAUUUUGCAGUUCGGACUUUAAUUACUAUUGGUGGACUUCCAGAACCAGUAACCUUGUUUGAGAUCGUCUUUCAACUUCUGAAUUAUUUCUCAGGGGUCUUUGUGUUCUCCAGCUUGAUUGGGCAGAUGCGAGAUGUUAUUGGAUCAGCAACAGCUGGACAGAACUACUACCGUAGCUAUAUGGAUAGCACAGUCUCCUACAUGAACAUUAAUUCAAUUCCAAGAGUGGUUCAGAAUCGUGUUAAAACUUGGUAUGACUAUACAUGGCAGUCUCAAGGAAUGCUGGAUGAAUCCGAGUUGAUGGAGAAGAUGCCUGAAAGAAUGCAGAUGGCUGUUGCGAUGGAUGUGAACUAUUCCAUUGUCAGUAAAGUUGACUUGUUUAAAGGAUGUGAUGCACAAAUGAUAUGCGACAUGUUGCUGAGACUAAAAUCCAUUGUGUAUUUACCUGGUGACUAUGUCUGCAAAAAGGGAGAAAUCGGCAGAGAAAUGUACAUUAUCAAGCAAGGUGAAGUUCAAGUUCUUGGAGGUCCUGAUGGAACCAAGGUUCUGGUCACCUUGAGAGCAGGAGCUGUAUUUGGAGAGAUCAGUCUGUUAGCAGCUGGUGGAGGAAAUCGACGAACGGCUAAUGUGGUGGCCCAUGGAUUUGCCAACCUUUUCAUUCUCGACAAGAAGGAUCUCAGUGAAAUACUGGUGCAUUAUCCUGACUCUGAAAGGAUCUUGAAAAAGAAGGGAAAAGUGCUCUUGAAGCAGAAGGGCAAGCCUACGGGACCACCUGAACCUGCAAAAGGUUUUGCCCUGCUCGUAAAGAAGGAAGAAACACCAAAGAUGUUCAAAGCAUUGUUUGGUGGUAAAGGACGACUUGGCCUUGCUGCGCUUAUCCAGCUGAAGAGAGAUCAGGUAUAAAAAGAAAGAGAAGAAAAAGAAAGAGAAGAAAAAGAAAGAGAAGAACGAGAAGAAAAAGAAAGAGAAGAAAAAGAAAGAGAAGAACGAGAAGAAAAAGAAAGAGAAGAAAAAGAAAGGGAAGAACGAGAAGAAAAAGAACGAGAAGAAAAAGUAAGAGAAGAAAAAGAAAGAGAAGAAAGAGAAGAAAAAGAAAGAGAAGAAAAAGAAAGAGAAGAACGAGAAGAAAGAGAAGAAAAAGAAAGAGAAGAAAAAGAAGAAAGAGAUUCCCUCCAAACCAAGGCUGAAGAACCAGACGAGCCACUUGAAUCUAAAGCAGAGCCAGAUUCAGAAGGCCAGCCCCCAUCUUCUCCAAAGCGACCUUUGGUGAGAGGAAUCACAGAUGAGUCCCUGAUCAUUACCAUGUCUCCUUCGACCACAAUUGGAGAAGGAGAGAUUCUUACUGUUGAAGUCAAAGAGAAGAAGGAAGAAUAAACAGCA